GCCAAUUGUUUCUGAGCUUUGGCUUUGACUGGCGGCUACUCCGGCGAAUAACGUUCUCCGUUGCCGGGCGAGUUCUUACCAAUUCCUUUCGCUGUACCUUGACUGUGAUUAUAUCAGCCAAUGAUCACCGUGCGGGGGCAGGGCCGAGCAAAUCUUUUACCGCCCACACCAUUUGGGCCAAUCUUUGCUUUUGAGUCGCGUGUAAUUGGCAGGCAUUCCAACCAAUAGGAAUUUAAAAAGCUUGAAGUCGGCCCAACGAUAUUGGGUAGGAGGAGGUUUCUCGUUUGUUGGGGCGUGUGUAUGUGUGUUUGGGGAUCUGAGGGGUACGCGGGGGGCGAAGCUAGAACCCGCCAUGGCAGCCGCCGAGGAGGAGGACGGGGGCCCCGAAGGGCCAAACCGCGAGCGAGGCGGGGCGGGCGCGACCUUCGAAUGUAACAUAUGUCUGGAGACUGCUCGGGAAGCCGUGGUCAGUGUGUGCGGCCACCUGUACUGCUGGCCCUGCCUUCACCAGUGGCUGGAGACCCGGCCAGAACGGCAGGAGUGUCCGGUGUGUAAGGCUGGGAUCAGCAGAGAGUCCGUAGUCCCACUGUACGGGCGAGGAAGCCAGAAGCCCCAGGAUCCCCGGUUGAAAACACCACCUCGCCCCCAGGGCCAGCGACCAGCCCCAGAGAGCAGAGGGGGGUUCCAGCCAUUUGGGGACACCGGGGGCUUCCACUUCUCAUUCGGUGUUGGUGCUUUUCCCUUUGGCUUUUUCACCACUGUCUUCAACACCCACGACCCUUUCCGCCGGGGUGCAGGUGUGGAUUUGGGCCAGGGGCACCCGGCCUCCAGCUGGCAGGACUCCCUCUUCCUGUUUCUCGCCAUCUUUUUCUUUUUCUGGUUGCUCAGUAUUUGAGCUGGAUCCUCCUUCCUGCCCACCUCCAGCCAGAGGAGAAUCAGUAUUGGGGGUCUCUGUCGACCCUUCCUUCCUCCUGGACCCCUCUGUGAGCCCUCCAUUUCUGUC